CGGUGGGGUGCAGCGGAAGAGGGGGUCCAGGGGGGAGAACUUCGUAGCAGUCAUCCUUUUUAGGAAAAGAGGGAAAAAAUAAAACCCUCCCCCACCACCGCCUUCUCCCCACCCCUUGCCGCACCACACACAGCGCGGGCUCCUCGCGCUCGGCACCGGCGGGCCGGGCGCGUCCUGCCUUCAUUUAUCAAGCAGCUUUUCGGAAAAUGCAUUUGCUGUUCGGAGUUUAAUCAGAAGCGGAUUCCUGCCCCCGUGCGCGGCUCGUCCACCGGCCCCCCGUCCCUGUCUGUCUCCCGUGGAGGCGUGAAGCGGUCCCGCGGACAGAGCUCCAUGUCUGUGCCCGCGCGUGUGUGUGCGUGUGUAAAUUGCCGAGAGGGGGAAAAAAUCACAGGACUUCUGCAAAUACCGGACUGAACAUUGUAAUUCAUCUGCCGCCGCCGCUGCCUUUUUUUUUUUUUUUUUUCUCCUCUCUCGUGCUCUUGAGCUCUCCAGUUGGGAUUCCUUCGGAUUGACAUUUCUGUGAAGGAGAAGUCUGGGAAUCAAACUGGAAAUUCUCCUAAUUUUUACCCACUCCCACCCCGCCCCCAACUCCUGAUUCAUUUGGAAGUUUCAAAGCAGCUAUAACUGGAGAGUUCUGAAGAUUGGUGGAAUCUUUUGCCUUAUGCAUUUGUUUUGUUUUCACAAAAAAGGAAACUUGACAGAGGAUCAUGCUGUCCUUAAAAAAUACAACAUCACAGAGGAAGUAGACUGAUAUUAACAAUAAUUAAUAAUAAUGUGCCUCAUGAAAUAAAGAUCCGAAAGGAAUUUAAGUAAAAAUUUCCUGCAUCUGGUGCCAAGAGGGAAACACCAGAAUCAAGCGUUCCGCGUGACUGAAGACACCCCCUCAUCCAAGAAUGCAAAGCACAUCCAAUAAAAUAGCCGGAUUAUAACUAUCCUCUCCUUCGGGGCCGUGGGGCGGGAGCAGGGCCGAGAGGGGCUGUUGGUACCCGGCUGCUGUUUCCGGGGGGGGCAGGAUGGCGCAGGCUGGGCGAACAGGGUAUGAUAACCGGGAGAUCGUGAUGAAGUACAUCCACUAUAAGCUGUCGCAGAGGGGCUACGAGUGGGACGCCGGGGAGGCGGGCGCCGCGCCCCCGGGGGCCGCCCCCGCGCCGGGCAUCCUCUCCUCCCCGCCCGCGCGCGCCCCCGCGCCCGCCCGGACCUCCCCGCCGCCGCCGCCGCCCCCCCCCGCCGCCGCCGCCGCGGGCCCGGCGCUCAGCCCGGUGCCACCUGUGGUCCACCUGACCCUGCGCCAGGCCGGCGACGACUUCUCCCGCCGCUACCGCCGCGACUUCGCGGAGAUGUCCAGCCAGCUGCACCUGACGCCCUUUACCGCGAGGGGACGCUUUGCCACGGUGGUGGAGGAGCUCUUCAGGGACGGGGUGAACUGGGGUAGGAUCGUGGCCUUCUUUGAGUUCGGUGGGGUCAUGUGUGUGGAGAGCGUCAACCGAGAGAUGUCGCCCCUGGUGGACAGCAUCGCCCUGUGGAUGACUGAGUACCUGAACCGGCACCUGCACACCUGGAUCCAGGACAACGGAGGCUGGGAUGCCUUUGUGGAACUGUACGGCCCCAGCAUGCAGCCUCUGUUUGAUUUCUCCUGGCUCUCUCUGAAGGCCCUGCUCAGUCUGGCCCUGGUGGGGGCUUGCGUCACCUUGGGUGCCUAUCUGGGCCACAAGUGAAGUCAGAAGACCUGCCACAAACAAAUAUGCAAAAGGUUCACUAAAGCAGUAGAAAUAUAUGCAUCGCCAGUGAUGUACCAUGAAACGAAGCUGUGGUCUCUUAAAAACAAAACCUAAAACAAAACAAAAACAGCUUUCAGGCUCAGCGUCGAAUCAGCUAUUUACUGCCAAAGGGAAAUACCAUUUAUUUUUUACAUUAUCAAGAAAAAAAAAAGAUUUAUUUAUUUAAGACAGUCCCGUCGAACCUCCUGUUUUGGGAAACCUUGCCGCUAAUUGCCAAGCCCCCCACCCCCUGGCCAGCUCCAACCUGGGGCUCCUGUGCCUGUAAACUCGGAUUUCUUUUCCAUGUUGUUGGCUGGACUGACUCACCAUCUGAAGAGCAAACAAACUGACAAAGGACUUGACUGUUCCAGAAGCCGGGUGUCUGGCUGUUGGGAGUUAGGAAGAAGGUGUUCAUUUUCCUUGCAUUUAUUUGCCGUGGGGGCUGCGAUACUAAGAGAGGAAAGGCGAUCGGCGAAGUCCAUUCUUCCCUGGCCUGAAGAGCAGACACUUUGCAUAUGGUUCACAUGGUACAGACCCAGUUGGAAGAAAAAAACUGGGCAACUUCAGAUGGACUUGGUAUCCACCGAGAUUUCCAUCCCCAAGGACCGUGAUGGGGAAAAUGCCGUUAAACCAUAGGAAAGUAUUUUUUUAAGCUACCAAUUGUGCCGAGAAGCAUUCUAGCAAUUUAUCCAAUAGCAUCCAGUACCUUAAGCCCUGAUGUGUACAUUCAUACGUUUUUGGAUACACUCUCCCCCCCCCCCAAUACUGGCUCUGUCUGUGUAUGAAACCGAAUCCCCUGGAAUGCGAGGACGUGAACGUUUUGGUGACUUACCCAGAAGCAUCAGGCCGCCGCAAGUGCCUGCGUCCCCCUGAGAGGCCACGGCCUGCAGUCCCGCCGUGUCCCCCGCUCGGAGGCCUCGCCCCGGAACGGAGCCUGGGCACUCGCUGGCCUGCGCGAAGGGGCUGUAAACCGAGCAGUGCGGUCUCCGAAGGUCUGCAAGGCCACAGAGCCCAGAAGCCCACUGUCCAGAAAGAACAGCCGUCGGCCUGGGCCCGUGACCCUGGGCCCCCCACUUGGCGCCCUUUGUCCUCGUGGAGCGUGGAACCCGCAAGCCAAGGCUCUUAAGACGUUGAUCGCUGUGGACGGGAGGAAACAGAGGCACCGCGCCUUGCCCGGCCGAGGGGGGCGGUGAUGCAGCCACUGGAAGAAAACGCGGGCAGGAGACGCGUGGCCGGAGCGCGGGUGUGGCCGCGGCGCAUGCGUGCUGGCCGCCCCCCCCCCCCCCCCCCCCCCCCCCCCCCGCCUGCCUGCGCGGUUUAAAGCAAGGCUUUAAAUGACUUUGGGGAAGGUCAUAAAUCCUAAAGAAAGCGUUGAAAUGAGGUGUCAUGGAUUCACUGACCUAUGUCUAUGGGAUUACGAAGUAAAACAUUAUCUUGUUAUUGUAGUUGGGGUUUUUUUUGAAAACCUGACAGAGGGGAGGAAAAAAAAAAAAAAGUUCCAGGUGUGGAAUGUGGGAAUUUAUCUGUACCUCCUGGGGCAUUAAAAAAGAAAAAAAAAAUCAGUGCUGAAAACUCUAGAGAAGUAGUGAAGAAGUGAAAUCUCCAGCGAUUAAACUAGGAAAUAUUUUUUCAAGUUUAGAAUCAGCUUUGAGACAUUUAUGGAGUCAAUGUGGCAUUAUUGCAUUAUAUACCAUUUAUCUGUAUUAACUUCAGAAUGUACUAUGUUCCAUGUUUAAUGCUGUGGUUGAUAUUUUGAAAGCUGCUUUAAAGAAAUACAUGCAUCUCAGCAUUUUUUUAAAAGUCGUAUUUAGUUAUGGCCUCUACACUAUUUGUUAGCAAAAAAUUGUCAUUUUUUCCAUUUGUGAUGUUUGUCUCAAUUCUUUAAAAGCAUUUCCGGGAAGGAGAGAGAAUCCCUGGGUCUCAGCUACGUGAAAAACCCCUGGGGCUGCUGGCCACUGAGGGAGGAGCUUUGCUUCAACCAAGUUUUGUACAUUUCCUCGUCAACAGAAUUGUUUAUUGUGAAGCAUAUAUCUGUUGUCCCUUUGACCUUGUUCCUUGAAGGUUUACUGGUCCCUGGGCAAAUCAGAAUCUAACUCCCAUUAUUUAGGAUGACAUACGUGUUUGGUUAAACCCAUGAGAUUCAUUCAGUUGAAAAUCCAAACGGUAAAUGACCAGGGGAUUAAAUUCUGGCCUUGAUGGUUUGACCUUUAGAGGGUCGCAGUCCGUGGUCUGUUGUGACAUGGAUCCAUCAAGCGCACUCCUGCCCACGGGGCCCUUCCCGUGGCUGUCCUUUGGAUUCUUGCUGAAAUGCAGUGAGGCCGGUGCCCCUCCUUGAAGCCAGACCUCCCUGGCAGGCCUCAGGGAACGGGAUGAUCAGACCUUCGAAUGAUUCUAAUGUUUAAGCGAAAUACUAUUUUCUGAAACGUUUACAUUGUCAAAAGCGAUGAGUAUGGAAUAUCAGAUCCUGUGCUGCUUUCCUACCAAGAUCAUUUUAGUGGAGUCAAUUUGCAGUACACUCCAAGUAGCGACAUCCUCCAAGCUGCUUUAGAAGUUAACAAUGAAGAACAUGGACAUUUUAAUAUAAAGACUGUCUUUUGUUGUUGUUGUUUUUAUUGUUCAAAGAGGAUUUGAAGAGUAUUCUAAAAAUGUAUAUAUGUUAAAAAAAAAAAAAGGUCACGGGGGCUAAUUUCUGCCUGGUUUUCCUUUGCUGUGGGGUUUUGUUAUCUGGUUUUAAUGGUAAAUGUGCCUGGCCACCUGCCCCCAAAACUGUACAGUAUUGUGGCUUCACUUGCUCUAAGAGUAGUUGUUGCAUUUUUCUUGUUCUUAAAAACAUGUUAGAAGCAAUGAACGUAUAUAAAAGCC